CGGGGGACAGAACUGGAAGGAUGUCAUGAAGGAAACACCUGUUUUGGUAAGCUGAGGUGAUCUCCUGAAAAUACUGAACUAAAUCAAGCUCCAUAUGGACCCCCAAGCCCACCCCUCAUGAUUUUCUUCUGAAUAUCUUCAAGAGAAAUGGGCCUGGGCCACUCCAAGCAUCAGUCUCGGGUGAUCAAAGUCACACCUUUACAAAGCCAAGAGGCGGAGACUCCCUCAGCUGGCCCUGUGUUCUAUGCAUUAAAUCGGAACCUGGAAGAAAAGAACUCAUACCCAUUCUUGAGACUACAGGACCAAAAUCCAGCUCUAGAAAGACAGCUACCACCUCUCCGAGAAACCUGGUAUGGAAGACAUCCUGCAGUAUCCAGGUCCAUGUGUCUUGACAUCCCACUGAAACAUGAAGAAUCAAGCAUUAUCAAAAGGCAUCCACCCCGAAGAAUUCAAAAGCUUGACCCCAUUGACCUGCCACAAGUAAUUACCUCUGAGCAACUCCUGCGCCAGCGAGAAGCCAGAACAGAACACAAAGCAGAGCAGGAACCUGAGAAGAAAAUGCAGCUCCCGAGGUACACCUCUGGGAAGAGACAGUAUUUACAUAAGAUGCAAAUGCUGGAGCGGAACCAAAGAAGGCAGGAGGCCCAAGUGGAGUUGAUGAAGAGUCUUCAGAGUGCAGCAAGACUCGAUAUGCAAAAGCGGAAAGACCAUAAUGACAAUAAAAUCACCCAAAGCUUGCCAAGGAACGAUAGCUAUGACGUUAUCACCAUACUGCCUGAUGAAACCCUAAACAGAGACCCAGGAAGUUCACAGGAUGAAGAAUUCUUGGACUAUCACAGAGAGAAUGACUAUUGUGUCCGGAAAAUUGGCAAAAUGGAAGCGUGGCUCCGUGAGCAAGACACCCAAGGACAGCUUUUCUGGAGCAGCUCCAGCUACGACUCAGAUGAGUUUGAGAAGGAUCAGAAGAGGCCGCAAGCACUGGUGAGGACCAGGACGGAGAGGGUCCCACUUUAUGAUGAGUUUUAUGACCGAGAAUGAGAAAGCUCCUCACUGCUCAGAGAGGAGUGGUUUGAUCGUUUUCAUCAAAAGCAUUCCUAUUUGCAUAUGAACCACUCAGGGGGAAGUAAUUUACAUCUAUCUUCUGGAGUCUUGUAGUCCAUGGGUUUGUCAUGUAUGAUCUAGGUCUAUGACUUAAAACUGAGGG